AGCAUUAAUGUUCUGUCCCAACAAACAGCAUAAAUAUGGAAAUGUGGAGCAAAAUUCGAUCACAAGCCAAAAGCUGAAUUCUUAGGGUUAUUAGUUCAUUUGGAAACCAGGGAUUUCAUUUUGCAGUAUAUAGGGCCUGUGGAAAAAAAAAUGUUGAGUUCUCCAGCAGUUGAAAUCAUUUCUGAGUGUUUUAUCCAGCCUAAAUACACCCCUAAAGAGGAGUGUAGGAAGCCAUUACAGUUGUCACACUGGGAUCUACAACUGUUGACUGUCCACUAUAACCAAAAAGGCCUUCUUUUUGCCAAGCCUCCAUCUUUUAACACAGAUGAGAACCAAAUGAAAGAUUUCCUUGAGAAGCUCAAGGACUCUCUUUCAAUCGCCCUGGUUCAUUUCUAUCCUUUGGCAGGCCGUCUUGCAACUCUUCCACAAGAAACUCCGCCAACUUGUUCCGUUUAUGUCGAUUGUGCCAAUGGCCCUGGCGCUAAAUUUAUCCGCGCAUCCCUGAAUUUGACAGUCAAGGAUAUCCUUUCGCUGAUUCAUGUACCCAAAAUUGUCUACUCCUUUUUCGACCAUGUUGGGGCAAUCAACUACGAUGGACACAACCUGCCUCUGAUGACCAUUCAGGUCACAGAGUUGAUUGACGGCAUCUUCAUUGGACCCUCCAUCAAUCAUUCAUUAGUGGACGGGACAUCUUUUUGGCAUUUCAUCAAUUCAUGGUCCGAAAUCUUCAAUGCGAAAAAAAUCCAGGGGAUGAUGGACCAACCGACAUUCAGUACUGUUCUCUCCAGGCCACCUAUUCAUAAGCGCUGGAUACCUGAGGAGUAUGGACCCAUCCUCAGCUUGCCUUUCUCUCACCCUGAUGAAUUCAUCUUUAGAUACCACGACGAAUUCCCUGAACUGAAGGAAAAGGUCUUUUAUAUAUCAUCAGAUUCGUUACAGAAACUCAAGGCGAAAGCCAAAGCAGAAUGUGGUACAGCCACUAUUUCUACCUUCCAGGCUCUAGGUGCUCAUGUCUGGAGGUGCAUUACCAGGGCUCGGAAUCUUCCCCCGGAUGAAACUACAAGAUUUUGCUUUUCCGUUGACAACAGAUCCAGGAUUAGCCCUCCAUUGUCGCCGGAUUAUUUUGGCAACAGCAUUCAGGUCCUAGCAACUACAGUUACUUGUGGUGAAUUAAUGAACAAUGGACUCGGGUGGGCAGCCCGAAAGCUGAAUGAGCUAGUCAUCAAUCAGACGGACAAAUCAGCUCGUGAAUGGGCUGAAUCGUGGGCGAAAGUACCGACAUUUGGGAAUCUCGCCAAGCUUGGCGUUGGCAACAUAGUCCAGGUUGGUAGUUCUCCUAGGUUCAAUGUGUAUGGGAGUGAUUUCGGACUUGGUAAAGCUUUAGCAGUUCGAAGUGGAUUCGGGAAUAAGUUCGAUGGGAAAAUAAUGCUGUUUCCAGCAAGAGAAGGGGGUGGAAACAUUGAAAUGGAGGUUUGCCUUCUCCCUUCCUUCAUGACUUGUUUUGAAUCAGAUGAUGAACUCUUGCAGAUAGUUUCUGAACCAAGUCCUAUGAGCUAGUGUGAUUUCCAUGGUGAUGAUGGUGUUUUGCUUUCAAAAAUGAGGUUCGAUUGUUCAAAUUGUAUGAAAGUUUAAUAACUUGCGAAAUUGAGUGUAAAAUGUUACUUGGGAAUGCUACUCAUUAUAAGGCCCUUUAAUCUUUCUUAAUAAAACUCUUAACUACUUCAUUUGCUUUCUAAUUUGG